AUGGUAACAUAUUUGUCUGUUCCGCCCGCGUCUUCUUUUACCUUCUGGCAUAAGCGUGCCUUUCGCGACAUCCUUGGGUACUUGGUCUGUCCCAACGUAGAGACGCAGACUGCCCUCCAACGCGCCAUUAAUCCGGUGCUACGUCGUCUCCUCCGCUUUGCCGGGGGGCUCUCCGGCCUUUGGGCCCUCAACCACUCCGGCCAUUGCCUCCCAGGCCAUUGUCCUAGACUCCAGGCCUCGGUGGCACUACAAGACUAUCCAUUAAUGAAGCGAACCGUCUCGUCAUCAUGUACACAUCCUUCACAAUUGACGGCAGUGGAACUGGGUCGCUUUAAGUCUCGCCACACAGACGACGCUUCACUUGCAGCCAGAGUUUCCCCAGCCACUACAACCAUCCCGAGAGAGGAAAAUGGGACAGACAAAAGUAAGGGGGGACAAGAGGAUGAGGAUGAGAAUCGAGUAAAUGAGAGAAGAGAGGAAGAGGAAAGAUAUAAGGAGGAAAGAGAAGAAGAGGAAGAGGAUUGGGAAGAGGCGAAAAAGAUGGUGUUGGUGGAGGAAGAGGAGAAUAAUGCGGCAGGGAAUGAAGGAGAGAAGGAGAUUAACGAGAAGCGGACUGAGAAAGAAAAAUCGGUAGUCUUGGUGCGAAGCCGUGAAACAGUUGUAGUGAGUGGAAGAGAACUUGACGAUCUUCGUAGUCAGAUCCAUGUCACAAUGGCCACUGGUGUUGGACGUAGUGGAAAUGUGAUUGUCAAUGCGAUUCAAAAGAAGACUGUCGCUAACGUGAGCCCGAUUAAAGGCGUAACCUUGCAUAAAGAUAGGAGAAAGAUUAGUGGCGCUGCCAAUGAUUGUUAUGAAAAUAAAGGACAUGAAUGCGAUGAAGAAUAUAUAGGGAUGGUUAAUGAAAAUCGACUAUUAAUAAUCGGUGAAGAAUUAAAAGAAAAAGAAAAAUGCAAGUGUGUAAAAUACAAGAAUGUAUCUCGAAACGUGACUGAUGAUGCCGGACUUAUCUUAGGAUCGGAUCGCACCGUGCACCGCCCUCGAGCAUACCAAAUAGACAGCGACAACCCACUCUUGCCAGAACUCCGCCAACUGCAACAGCCUGAAAAUGUGAGCCUAGAGUUGCCGCCGCGUCCACGGCCACCACCGCCGGCUGACAUCAAAAUGAGGGCUGAUCUUGCUCUGGCCGUACUGGUGGAAUUGGCGAGAGGACAAACAGGUGCUUUGGCUGUUGGUCGAGAAGCAGGAGCAACCGCUCACAGCCUACCUGUGAGUGGACCGCAACAUUUGGCACGCUUUCUCCUCAGCUCACCAAAAUUUCAUCCAACUCACUUGAUCGGUCGGCUGACGCUGUUAGACAAAUUGAUCAUUCUGUCUCGCGAAGACUGGUGGCCUCGCAAGCCCCAGACCCCGCCACACCAUCAUUACCCGCAUGAGGCGUCAUCUGAUCAAGAUAGGCUAAGACACCUUCAGUCUCAACCCCCAACACAAGGCCAGAAUAAAUUAACUUCUGAAUGGGACUGGCAGACUGGAAGCGAGAGCACUACCGAAAUUACUCCCGAGACUACCUUCGAUGGCAGUAGGGUAGCUGCUGUCCUCGACCAAAACGGCUGGCUUGGAACAAAUGAGGCCGCUGGAAGAUUGCGGUAA